GGCUGCUGUGCUGUGGACUGUCUGUGGAGGCUGGCUGACUGGCUGCUAAGGCCAAACAAGGCAAUAAAAGCAAGCGCAGUUAGGUAAAGGGUGUAGAAAAGAAAGGCAAAGGGCGGGGAGGGGGCUAUAAAAAAAUCCCGUGCUACUGCCCUAAUUCCCUUUGGACUUUGGCGUUAUAUCCAUCCUCGAGCCCCUCCCUUCCGGACCCUCACCCUCUCCCUCUCCUCCGCCUGAUUCCAGUGGUGCUGCUGCUUCUUCUCCGCCGGGACAGACGAGACACGCAGGUUGCGGAGCAGCUAGCGGCGGAGGUGCUUUCUUCAUCAUGGAAUCGCAGCAGCAGCAGAUGGAGGCGGUUUCUGCGCUGGCCGCCGCCACGAACGGGGGCGGGGAGCUGAUCGGGUACGUGGACGUGCACGUGCGGAGCGCGCGGGACAUCCAGAACAUCUGCAUCUACCACAAGCAGGAUGUGUACGCGCGCCUGUCGCUGCCGGGGGAGGGCGCGCCGGCGGCGUCCACGCAGGUCAUCAAUGGCGGCGGCCGCAACCCGGUGUUUGACCAGUCGGUGCGCGUCGGCGUGCGCGCGGGGGACGUCGACGCCGCGCUCCGCUGCGAGGUCUGGAUGCUCAGCCGGGUCAAGAACUACCUGCAGGACCAGCUGCUGGGGUUCGCGCUCGUGCCGCUCCCGGACGUCGUCGCCGCCGAGGGCGGGACGCUCGCGCGCGAGUUCCCGCUCUCCACCAACGACCUCUUCCACUCCCCGGCCGGGUUCUUGGAGCUCGAGCUCUCUUACAUCGGGGUCGUGCCCGAUGUCAUUCCCGUCUCGCCGACGCCCAAGCCUGCGCUGGCCGAUCCCGACGAGUCCGAGAACGCCGGCGACGGAGCCGGCGCUGGCGCAGGGAAAGACUACGAGAACAUGGAGUUCCCUGACAUGAAUCUUGUGGAGGAAAACCAGAUUAUGCUGUCGGAAUAUGUUGGGCUGCCGUGCGCAGCCAUGGAAACGCAGAGCUCCGAGAGCCUCCUGACCUCGGAGGACGUGGAUGGUGCCGCCACCGAGUCCCACGACGCUGGCGUGCGCGUCGUGCAGAGCUUCUCCACGGAUUACAGCACCGCCGACUCGGCCGGCGCCUUCCGGAGCGAGACGGCAGUCAGCAGCGUGUCCACCACGGAGUCCCCGGCAGCGGCCGUCCCGGCCACCCCGCAGUCCAACCCGUCGGAGCCGUCAGGAAACGCCCUCUCAUCAGCAGGCCAGAAGGAGAAGGCCUCCGACGCGGCGGAGGUCGAUUCGUCUCACACCGUUCAGGAGAGCCCGGCGGUGAACUCGCCCAGCACCGUGUCUGAGAACGCGGUGGACAAGCCGCCGGCGAUGAGCUUCAACUUCGCGGAGGAGGUGCAGGUGAACCAGAAGGAGAUCAUGGACAUGUACAUGAAGAGCAUGCAGCAGUUCACGGAGUCGCUGGCCAAGAUGAAGCUCCCGCUGGACAUGGACAAUGGCAGCGACAAGAGCGGGAGCGGCCCCGCCGCCGCCUCGCCCACGGAUUCCAGCGGCACCGACUCGAGCGCGGCGGCCAAGAAACCGGCGGCCGGGGGCGCGCAGGAGAAAUCUCCCAAGGUGUUCUACGGAAGCCGAGCCUUCUUCUAGGAGGGAACGAAGCCGGAGUAGUGCCGGACCCCGGACUAGAAGAUGGCAUUUGCAGCCAUCAGUCUCUCUCAGCUGAAAACUUGGUAGCGCAGAGGAAUAACACUUUUCUCAUGCUGUUGUUUUACUUAGGCUUCGUCAGAUCCAAGACACAUGCGGAAAUUAGCUGCCCUGUCUGUCUUACUUUUAAUGUAUCGCUACUCUAAUGAGAAAUGCUUGGCUUCUUUUGCUUGAGUAUA